CCGAGCCCGGGGAUGCGGCGCCAGGCCCCGGCCCCGGCUCGCCCCGCUCCGUCGCUCCGGGAGACUCCUAGGCACCGCGCCCGCGAGCAGCGGCUGCACCCAGGUACCCCGAGCCCUGGCAGCCCAGCCCGGGCCCCACCCCUGGGCGGCAGAGGCUUUCCCCUAAUCCUGCGUCUUCCCAGGAUCCCCGGCUGCAGGGACCGGAUUCCCGAAGCGGAGGCCAGAGCAGCGCGGAGACACGCGCGGUAAUUACGCCCCCUGCCGACCGUCGCCGGGGGAGUAGGCCGAGAGCUAGCGGAGGCCCGGAGGGGAUUCUCCUGGAAAUCUGCACGGGGAAGCAGUUACCCCGCGGCAACCAGCAGACCUGCUCUACUCCUCCCCUGAAACGGGGGACUGACCCUUUGGGGCUACUUGUGGCUUUGGGCCCUCAUCAGUGUCAGAAAAUCGACUUUGUUAACACUUAACCUCUCUAAGCCUCAGUUUCCCCAUCUGUAGCAUGGGAGGUGGUCCUGAGGUACUGGUGGGAGCCCAUGCCAGCUCCGUGCUGCUGUCUCUCCUGCAGACUGCCCUGGCCUGGAGCCCCUGCGGCAGAAGUUGGCCGCCCUCCAGGACACCCAUGCCUGGAUCCUUCAGGUCCCCCCAGAGCGCCUGGCCAUGGACUUCCAGGAGCUCCUCCACCCCCACUCUGCACCUGUCCCCUCUGCCACUCACCCACAUUCCCCAGCCCAGUGGACAGGAGGAGCAGAUGCAGGACCUAGUUGGUGAGACAGGAUGGAGGGGCCUGUGUUAACGCUGGGACUGCUGGCCACCCUGGUUGUGUGUGGCUGCUGGGGUCUAAAUGAGGAGGAGCGGCUGAUCCGGUACCUGUUUAAGGAGAAGGGCUACAACAAGGAGCUCCGGCCCGUGGCUCGCAAAGAGGACAGCGUGGACGUCUCACUGGCCCUCACCCUCUCCAACCUCAUUUCCCUGAAAGAAGUCGAGGAGACUCUCACCACUAACGUGUGGAUUGAGCACGGCUGGACAGACAGCCGGCUGCAGUGGGAUGCCAAGGAUUUUGGGAACAUCAGCGUCCUGCGCCUGCCCCCUGACAUGCUGUGGCUCCCAGAGAUUGUGCUGGAGAACAAUUCGCUCAAGUACACGGCCAAGGAGAUCACCCUGAGCCUGAAGCAGGAGCAAGAAGAUGGCCGCUCAUACCCGGUGGAGUGGAUCAUCAUCGACCCUGAGGGCUUCACAGAGAACGGGGAGUGGGAGAUAGUGCACCGGCCAGCCAGGAUCAACAUGGACCCCAGUGCCCCGCUGGACAGUCCCAACCACCAGGACAUUACCUUCUACCUCAUCAUUCGCCGAAAGCCACUCUUCUACAUCAUCAACAUCCUGGUGCCCUGCGUGCUCAUCUCCUUCAUGAUCAACCUGGUCUUCUACCUGCCAGCCGACUGUGGUGAGAAGACGUCAAUGGCAAUCUCAGUGUUGCUGGCACAGUCUGUCUUCCUGCUGCUCAUCUCCAAGCGGCUGCCGGCCACAUCCAUAGCCAUCCCCCUCAUCGGCAAGUUCCUGCUCUUUGGCAUGAUACUGGUGGCCAUGGUCGUGGUGAUCUGUGUCAUCGUGCUCAACAUCCACUUCCGCACACCCAGCACCCACGUGCUGUCUGAGGGGGUCAAGAAGCUUUUCCUAGAGACCCUGCCCAAGCUCCUACACAUGUCCCUCCCAGAGGAGGACAGCCCCAGCCCUGGGGCCCUGGUCCGGAGGAGCAGCUCCCUGGGUUACAUCUCCAAGGCCGAGGAGUACUUCUCGCUCAAGUCCCGAAGUGACCUCAUGUUCGAGAAGCAGUCAGAGCGGCACGGGCUGGCCCGGCGCCUCACCACAGCACGCCAGCCCCCUGCAGGCUCCGAGAAGGCCCAGCAUGACCUCUUCAGUGAGCUGAAGCCAGCUGUGGAGGGGGCCAACUUCAUCGUCAACCAUAUGAGGGAUCAGAACAACUACAAUGAGGAGAAGGACUGCUGGAACCGGAUAGCCCGCACAGUAGACCGACUCUGCCUGUUUGUGGUGACGCCCAUCAUGGUGGUGGGCACGGCCUGGAUCUUCCUGCAGGGGGCCUACAACCAGCCCCCACCCCAGCCUUUCCCCGGGGACCCCUUCUCCUACCUGGAGCAAGACAAGCGUUUCAUCUAAAGGGCCUCCCUGCCUGGGUUGGCCCAGCUCCCCGGGCAGCUUCGGUGGGGCUUUGUGCCUGAAAGGGAUGGGCCUUCAGGGGUGGCAGUAGCUGUGUGGACAGGGGUGCCUGAGAAAGGACAAGCUCCUCUUAGGGAGGCGACUCCUGGCCCUGAGACUUGAGCCCAGUUGGUUCUGCACGGCUGAGGUGGAGAUGAGCUGUGCCUCCUGAGACAAGGAAAGGCGAAGCCCCACUCCUCAAUCAAGACAGGAGCCACCAAGAAGGUCUGAGAGUGGACACUGGCUGGUGGGUGGGUCAGGACGACUUUUGGGGAGAUAGGGGCCUGACUCAAGGGCCAGGGAAAAUGUCAUUCAGGCUGGCCUUUUGGGACCCUUCUGUGAGAAAGACAGUGGCCUCUUCUUGCCUCCCCUUCCUCUAGGUGGGGGUAGAGCAGGUGGGCUCCUGUGCCCUCACUUCCUGGUUCCUACAGCUGUCAACCCCUCAGCCUUGGCUUUUGAGGCCCCCCAGAGCCUCCUUUUCCAGACCCCUUAGGGAAGGAGGUUUUGGGCAGAGGUUGGAGCACCAAUGUUUCAGAAUGUCCUUCCCAGCUCUUUCUGCUUUGGCCACUCUGUCUGAGUCCCUGUGGGGAGCUGAGGACUCGGGUAGGGGAAUUGGGCCCAGCAGCUACAGAGGCCAGAGGUCAGCCCAUCAACCUCAGCUCACAUGGGCUACCCUAGAGCCCCAGAUCUCAGCCUUCCCCCAGAGUAUCCCCUUAUGGUCACCUAUUCCUCUCCUCCAAAGUAGGGUUGCCUGGCAAAACUAAAAAAGUAUUCAUAUUUAUCUGAAAUUCAAAUUUAACUGUGCAUUUUAUAUAUUUACUAGAGGCCCGGUGCACAAAAUUCGUGCAUGGGGCGGGGGGUGUCUCUCAGCCCGG